CUUUUUUCUCGUCUUCUUCUUUGUUUUAAGAUAUUCCUCUCAACCAUAUUUAAUCACUAAGAUCCCACAAUCAUCUUUCUCAAUAUAUAUUCUUCCUCAUAUACUCGAUCAGAUGGGAUCUAGACUGGGCUAUGACUGGUCAGAGUUGACUCCGGAAUGUCUCCUAGACAUCUUCUCACGGCUGAGCACAGGUCAACGGUGGAACGGACCGAUGCUUGUCUGCAAGACGUGGAUGAACUUAUGCCAAGACUCGUCCCUAAACACUGUCUUGGAUCUCGAAGCUGAGUUUCUGUCUUCCCCUGAUUCGUUCUACUGGUGGAGCCCUGAAUUUGAGGAAAAAGUUGACUCAACCGUCCGGUCUGCUGUCGACCAGAGCCAAGGCGGUCUCAAGGAGGUUCGCGUCAGGCAUUGUACGGAUAAAUCUCUCUCAUACGUAGCCGAGAGGUGCCCUAAUCUUGAGGUACUUUGGGUUAAGUAUAGCCCAAAAGUUACAAUUGAGUCGAUGAGGAAGAUAGCAUUAAACUGCACUAAGCUAAAAGAACUUAACAUAAGCUGCUCUUAUGAAAUAUCUUGUGAGUGCAUAGAACUUGUUGGUAAGAACUGCAAGAAUCUUGAGAUUCUGAAACGGCAUUUGAUGCAUCCUUUAGAGAUCCAGAGGGUAAAACAUUGCACCUAUGCGCAGGAUCUAUUUUUGGAAACAUUAGGGGAUGUUGAUGCUUUUUUUAUUGGGAAACACAUGCGUCACCUGAAACACCUAGAACUUCGAUAUACUACAUUGACUGAUGGCGCUCUUGAAAAUCUUUGUAAACAAUGUUCCAAUCUAGAGUACUUGGAUUUGUUCGGGUGUGAGCGCUUGACUAGCGAUGGUGUUACUAAUAGUAUCUCGAGCUUGAAGAAUCUGAAGGAGAUCAAGAAACCAGAUUUUGAAGUAUUGGAUGAAGAAAUACACUGGUUAGCUGAUUUGGCAGAACUGUUUGAAGAAUAUUAAGACAACCGCCUAUUAUACUAACCAAACUCAUAUACUUUUGUAUUGAUAAUAUUUUUUUGGGAAAAUUAUUUUUUUAAGGCCAGAACCAUUAAGACAUUAUCUCUUUAAUGUAAUCUCAUUUAAUAGUUGUCCUAUUAGGUUAAGUAUUUUAUAAAUGGC